AUGGGAACGAAAAAAGUGAAAAUCUCAGCGGUGAAACGUGCCGCUCAUCUCAAGCAGAGGAAGGCUCCGUUGACCAAACAACAGCAGCAAAAGUUGGCCCAACAAAAGUCGGCCAAGGAACGUGGUCAAAAUAUUUUCAUACAAAAGGCCCACAAGAAGGAUGAAGUCUUUCAACGGAAGAAACAAAAUAAACGCUCCGCCAUGGGUUUGCCCGAGGUGGACCAUGAUGAAGAAUUGGAUGAGGAUGAGCUUUUGGAUAAUGUGGCCGAUAUGUUAGACGGCGAGGAUUUGGAAUAUUUGAAUUUGAAAAAGGGUAGAAAUAGGAAACGUAAACAUGUCACCGGUGAAGAGGCCGAUGAUGAUGAUAUUAAACAUGCUGUGGGUUUGGAAAAACAAUUUGCCCAUGAAACCGCCCUGGAGGAUGCUACCAAGAAAAUAACUGUUGAUUUGUUGCCGGUAAAGACGAGAGAGGGUGAAAUUAUAACGCGUUCAACACAGGUUGAUUAUAAACCGAAGCCAAAGGCCAAGAAAGCCACCGAAGUAGGUGAGGAGGAAGAAGGUGAAGAGGGUGCGGAAGGGGGAGAAGGUGAAGGAGAUGAUGAGGAAGAUGACACUGCCGACAUUGAAUACGAAGACAGUGAUGAUGAUGUGGUCAACGAUGAAGACGACACCAAUGCCAUUAAAAAGGUGGCCGAAAAGAAAAUGGUUUCCACCACAGAUUUGCUGAUUGCCCGCCAACAGGAAAUCGAAAGACAAAAAUACCGCAUCGGUAUUAUUUGUUCGGGUAUUUUGGAAAAACCAGAAGAUAAAAUGCGAAACUUCAAUGCCUUGUUUGAGUUAAUGGAUGAAACCAACAAGGCUGGCGUUCCCAAUUUGCUGACCGUGCGUAAAGUGGCCAUUGUAUCGUUAACAGAAAUUUUCAAAGAUAUUCUACCCGAAUAUCGUGUCGGUCAGGUGGAUACAAAAAUGCAAACGGUUCGCAAAGCCACCUUGGAGAGAGUAACAUUUGAAAAUGCUCUGCUGCAACAUUUCAAAAAAUUCCUACAACGUUUGGAAAAACUCACAGCCGCAGUAAAUCGUAAAGGUAAUGGUCGUGUUACUCCGCAAUCGGUGAAAAUGGCCGAGGUGGCUGUGCAAAGUAUGAGUGAUCUGCUAAUGGCUCAUCCAUAUUUCAAUUAUGUCAAGAACAUUGCCCAGCUUUUGGUGUACAUGUUGAAUUCGAAUUAUCCCAAGAUGCGUGAGACGGUACACAAUUGCUUCCGUUACGUUUUUGCCAAUGACAAGAAAAUGGAUAUGACCUUGUUCAUAAUACGGCGUAUAAACCACUUGAUUAAAAGUCGAAAUAAUGUUGUACAUUUGGAAUGCAUCACAUGUUUGAUGGCUCUCAAGAUUAAAAAUGUCAAUUUGGAUGCGGAGAAGGAAAAUGAAUUGAAACAAAAGAAAUUGGAGGCACAUCGCCAACGGCUAUUGAGUUUGUCGAAAAAGGAACGUAAGAGGCGUAAGAAAUUGGCUGAACUGAAUAAGGAAUUGGAUGAGACAAGGGCCGAGGAAAAUAAACAAACCAAACAUGCCAAGCUGACGGAAAUUGUGAAAAUGUUGUUCACCAUUUAUUUCCGUGUUUUGAAAAAUGAUCCCACUUCCCGUGUACUGAGUGCCAUUCUCGAGGGUUUGGCAGAAUUUGCCCAUGUCAUCAAUUUGGAUUUCUUCUCGGAUUUAAUUGAAGUUCUGAACAACAUUUUGGAGACCCAAGAAGAUUUGGGUUAUCGCGAACAAUUGCAUUGUAUCAAAACAAUUUUUGUAAUUCUAUCCGGCCAGGGUGAGGUGCUAAACAUAGAUCCCAUACGCUUCUAUCAACAUUUCUAUAGAAAUAUGUUGGCAGUACAUGCGGGUAAAAAUCAUGAUGAUUUUCGUAUAAUUCUACAAACAUUGGAUGAGGUAUUGGUCAAGCGGCGACGCAAUAUGAGUCAACAGCGAUUAAUGGCUUUUAUUAAACGUUUAUUGACGGUCGGUUUGAAUCUAUUGCAUCAUGGUACCCUAGCUACAUUGGGUACAAUUAAAACAACCUUCCAAUUGACAUCAGUUUUGGAUAUUUUGUUGGAUACGGAUGAUAGUAUAGGUUCGGGAAAAUAUGAUCCAACGUUGGAAGAUCCAGAAUAUUGUAAUGCCUCAUGUACGGCGCUAUAUGAAUUGACAAUGUUGCAAAGGCAUUAUCAUCCGAUUGUACGUAAAAUGUCGACACAUAUUGCAAAUGGUGUACCGGCUUCUGGAGAGGGUUCACUGCCUUCGGAAAUUGGUAAAUUAACCGCCAUGGAAUUGUUUGAACAAUUCGAUAGCACCCAGAUGGCAUUUAAUCCCACAAUUCCAGUACCCCGACCAUGUGAACCAAAAAUCAAAAAGGGCCCACAUCAAUAUUUGAGCGGAGAUUUUAAACCUUUCUACAAGCAAAUGUUAAAAAGUAAUUUAGUUAAGGAAACCUCAAAUGUGAAGGCGGCAACAACAUUUGAUUUUUAUACAGAGUUAAAGAACUGUAAAUAA